GAACUUCGGGGCCACGGGCCUGCGAAAUUUUUGUGCGUGGCUGUUCGUCUCCCCUCCCGCCUCCCUCCCGAACGGAAGUCCUAGAACUACUGGAGUAGGGAGAAUAGUAUCGGGAUCAUGUUCUUUGGCAUUAAUCGAUUUCAUCUAUUCGUGCUGAUCACGUGGCAGUUCGCUAUAUUUUUUGCUUCACAACAAAUAUUCCCUAUAUUUUCUAAUUACGUGCCUAAAUGGCAGUGCGAUGAUGGUCCAGUGUCAAAGGAUUGCUCGAUCUACACUAGUUGCAAUGGGACUCUUAAUCACCCGAAUUCGCAAUUCUAUUCGGCAGCGUUGGAAUUUGGAUGGAUCUGCGGUAGCAAUGCUUACUUAGCAUCAUUAUUUUCUCAGAUUCAAUUUGCUGGAGUUCUCUGUGGAACAUUUUCCUUCGGCGCAAUGUCAGACAUUUUUGGAAGGAAACCUGUAGCAAUCACUGCUAUGUCUAUAGGAAUCUUCACAAACUUUGUGACAGGAUUGGCACCAACAUGGCAAAUCCUCAUGGCAAUCCGAUUCUUCCUCGGCUUAUCUAUUGGAGGAACGCUAGUCGUCGUUUGCACCUUUGUUAUGGAAAUGCUUCUGCCCCAUCAAAGAAUGGCUCUACGAGCGUUUUUCAAUUGGGGAGUGGCUCGAUUGAUGGUGACUCUAUUGUGCAUGAUUUUUCCUGAAUGGAGAGCAGCAAGCAUCGCAUGCGCUCUUACCGCACUUCCAGCACUUUUGAUUAUUAUCUUCGUUUUUCCAGAAAGCCCAACAUGGCUUCAUAAUAAGGGUCGACUGGAAGAGAUGCGAGCUGCUGAAAGAUAUAUCGCAAGAUUUGCUCGUGUUGAAUAUAAGCCUGUAAUACAUAAAAAGAUUGAACAUAACAAGUCACUUUGCGAGCUGCUGCAUACCGGUAACCUUCAUCGUCGUUUGUACACUCUGUGGACGAUGUGGUUUAUUGCUUCUGUUUGUGGCUAUGCAACUGAUUUGAAUUCAAACACCAUAAGCGGCGAUUUCUUCAUGAAUCAAAUCAUAUUCUCAAUUCUCAUUGCAGUUUCAAAAAUGGUUCUGGUCGCUGUCGACACAUUUGUUCCAUCGUUCAGCAGGCGCAUCCUUCACCAAGGAGCUCAAAGUGUUGUCUGCUUGUGUUUCCUCAUUCUGUUCUUCCUUACCUUGAAAGAGUAUCAGGGCAUCGCCACCUUAAUAAUCAACGUAACCGGAACAAUCUUCAUAGAAUACACGUGGGAUGCGUGCUAUCUCUGUGCGAUAGAAUCUAUGGAGACAUCAUGUCGAGCAAGUGCUACUGGUACUUGCUCCCUCAUAGCCCGUGUAGGCGCCAUAAUCGCACCUAUGCUAACGUAUGCCAACAUCUAUUGGCCACCAUCACUGUAUUUGACGGUUGUCAUCCUCGGACUCGUGAAUCUCACUGUGUCAUAUCUAUUCUUGGUUGAAACGAAGAAUGUAAAUCUUGACAGCGUCACGUUAACAGAGACUCCGACUUCUGAUGAAACACGCAUACUGGAGAAUGACGAUGCGAAGGAACUGUCUUAGAAAGCAAGACCAUGUCUUUAUACCAGAAAGAAGAAAUUGAAUGCAAACUUUGUCGUGAAUGUCAGAAACAUGAGAUUCGGUGCAUAUGCAAAACUAUGAAACACCAAUGCUUACUUUACAUAAAUCUUUG